AUGUCGAGGUACGUAAAAUAUUUCGUUCAAGCCAAAAAACUUGAUAAAAGAAAAAGAAAAUAUUAUAAACUUGAUUUUUUGGAAAUGAGCAAGGAAUUAAGUAUUCCUUUUCCCUUACGAGAACAAAAUCAACCGAAAAGAUUAGAUUUAUCAAAAUAUUUAAAUAUCGAAGUAGGUGAUUUAGUUAAAGUCUUAUAUGGACCAGACAAAGAUAAAGAAGGCAUAAUAUUAAAUAUUAACCCAAAAAAAAAUACAGUAAUUGUUGAUGGAUGUAAUAUGAAAAAAUCAGCUUGGAAUGUUAUAGACAAAAAAGGAUCAAUUAUAACACAAGAAAUGCCUAUUCAUAUAACAAAUGUUUCUAUACUCGAUCCAAUAAAUAAAAAGCCUACAGUAGUUAAAAGAAGGUAUAUGAUGAAUGGAGAGUGUGUAAGAAUAUCUAAAAUUUCCGGCUGUGCAAUGCCUGAACCGGUUAAUAAAAAUAUGUUGAAAGAACAAAACAAUUAUGAAUUGUUCAUGCAAAAAAAAAAAAUUGGUCCACCCAUAAAAGACAUUUAUGCCGAAAAGGAUCGCAAAAAUUUCAAUCUUUUAAAAAAAAUUACAUAUGAAAUAAAAAGAAAAAGGUUUUACGAAAUGAAGAAUUUUUUUAAAACAGAUCACGAAGGUGAUAAAAGCGGUAGGGUUGAAGUUUCGUAG